CCCACGUCAAGGCCUCCCCAGUCGACAGCACAGCUGCCCCUCUGGUGUUCCUGAAAGCUCUGCUCUAGCUCUGCUCCCUCCCCUCCAGACAGCCAUGGUGAUGAGAGUUUGCUUGUGUGUGGUUGCGCUGUGCCUGGGCCUGGCCAGUGCCUCCAUAUAUGCCCCCGACAGCACGUAUGAGCAGCAGUAUGAGCCGCAGCAGCCGCAGCAGCCACCUCAGGCAUCGCCUGGCGGUGUUGGUGGUGUGCCCCCCUCCCCGUGGCAUGAGAUGGGCCACGAGGAGAUGAUGGACCAUGUCAGGAAGACAGCCAAGUCGCUCGGUGAGACACAUACAUACACGCACACACGCACACACAGACAGACCGACAGGCACUCAUGAGAGGGGAGGGAGGGCAUUUGUGUGUCAUCUCCCUCUGUGUGAGUGUUGUGUGCCCUCUGUGCAGGUCUUGAGGUGGGUGCUGAGGAGAUGGAGGCCAUGGCUCCGAUGAUUCAGAACUGGCAGAACAUGUUCAAGGGCUUCGCGCCACCACCACAGGGAGGGGAGGGCUCACCGGACAGCCCGCACAUCGACGCCAACCACCACAAGCAGCUCGAGGAAAUGGCUUCGCUCCUCGGCCUCGACAACUGGAAACUCAGCCCUGGUACGCCGCAUAGGGCAAGACGACACCACCCGCACUUGUGUGUGUGUGUGUGUGUGUGUGUAAUGGAUGCAGAUCAGAUCGACAAGAUGGCUCCUCAGUUGGAUGAGUACCUCAAGUCGAUGCAGUCGCAGCACGGUGACUACAUGACGGCCAUGCAGGAGCUCAUGGAGAAGGGCAAGGCCGGCGCUGACCACAAGGAAAUGAUCUCACACGCAGCCAAAAUGUAAGCAAGCCGCGUCGCGUGAGCGCAGAGAUGAAGGGGUUUAGUCGUGAAGUCAAUGACCUUUUCUCUGUGUGUGCGUGUGCUUAAUGCGUCAAUCAAUGGUAGGAUGAACAUGGAUUUGGAGGACCACGAGAUCGAGCAGAUGCUGCCGAUGAUGAAGCAGUACGAGGACAUGUUCAAGAACCUAUUCGGACAACAAAACGCACACUCGGAACUCUGAGCAUCCAAUCCAUGGCCGGCUGUCAGUGUAUCUACCUCUGUCUGUCUGUAUCUGUCAGUAUAAGUAUACUCACGUGAGUGAGUGUGGCUAUCGGAUCUAUCGGCCUGGUGUGUGUCUGUCUGUCUCCUGUGUGUGAGUGUGUGUGUCAUGGCUGUGAG